ACAGUACUCGGACAGUGCACCAUACCAACCUCGCAUCAUCGUCCCGUACUGUACUGUACCAUACUCCUUGUAGGGUGUGAGCAUAAGUCUGUCGAACUUUGGUGGAUUCGUCGAAAUUGACACGAGCGCAAACGGGGGGUUUUUUUUCCCCUCUCUAUUAUUUCCCUCUGCAGCUAUGGCCAAUCUACUCGCACGCUAACUUUUGGAGAAGGAAAAAAGCCUUUCGAACCCCUGUCGAAUGGCUACUCGAGUCGAGCGAAUGCCGUCCUCCGAGUGUCUGGGAGGCUACUGGGCUAACCAGAGGGGAAGUUCGACAAAUUUACUCUUGAUGCCCGGUACGCUCCUCGCACAACGCGAUACUAUGGACUCCAGUGCCCCAAGUACCGUAGACUAUAGCUAGAUUAUCGCAUCCCCCCCUAGCCUCCCUUCGCGGGAGCUCAGCAUUCCCUCCCCACUGACAGCUAUAAUUGAAGCAGACCGCCGGUACGGCGUUGCAAGCCGUCAUCAGCGGAGGAAAUUUAGAUUUCCACCUCCGACAGAUGCAGUUAAAUUGAUAACAGAACCCCCCACGGACCAACGGAAUAAAUCGGUCCCCGCUCUCCCACUUUCGCCUAAUAAACAAUUGGACAGAAAUAGUGAAGCGUCAGCCGUGAGGUGCCACGUCGCACCUAUAAGUAUACCUCCCCAAUCCACCCUGCAUUCCCUAUACCCGUCCUACAAACCCUUUCAUAUUUCCAAUUUAAUAGUAAACCACUCGAGUGGAUUGCUGAUAUUGGGGGAUGCGGCAAUGUGUGGACCUCUACCCCUGUGGAGCCUUAACUUAUUCGCACCUCCAGUUUUACCCGUGCUGCCGCACAGUACCAUCAUCUCCUCUCCUCAUCUCUCUACCUUAGCCGCUGUUUGUUUGCGAGGUUUAGCCCAUUGGGAUAUAUUUGGUUGCUAUAUUAUUGGUCCAUGGAUUUACUGAACCAGUCGGACAGUAAGCUACAUCUCCGGAACUAAAUCAUUUAGCACCAUUACAGUAUACAUUUACCUUGAAGCAAGACCGGAGAACAAGAUCCAAAUUAUUAUCAACCCGUCACCUGCCCAUUUCACUCACUCACUAUCUCACCAUCUCACCAUCUCACUCCUUUCCGCCCAUGUUUUCCCCCAACACGACCUCGCACUCAUCUAAUUCUAACCCCCCCCCCCUCCCAUUUCAUUUCCCCGUCAAGUUUUCAACAUGGUGGUGGAUUGUGCAUCAAAUCAAACAGUCUGUGUCCGUCCUCCUCCACAAAAUUUUCCAUAUAAGCCUUGCUCUCCCCAAUUGCACUGGCACUGGCACUGGCUAAUCAAUCAUGAACAUCCUUCCAACUGCUAGUCCUUGUUGAAACGCGGGUUUGCUUUCGGGUCAGUGCAGGUGUUUUGUUUGCCCGGUUUUGAAAGGAAGGUUAGCUAGCUGCUGGAAGCCGUUCGAUUUGAUAUUUGCACUCAGUUUGCUUUUUUUUAUCCCCACAGUCUCGUUAGUUGCCCCCCGCACCAAACCACUCAGGCAUUCCAUUCCUCGCUGCCCCUCAUCUGUUAUCUGAAGCUGACAUCAAUCAAUUACUUGCGUAGAGAAAUUUUAGUCCUACCAUUUGCAUUUGCACGAAGGAGGUCUUUGGGAACGAGAUACUGUAUCUACGCCUCAUGUGUGGUAUGUGCUCAAUCGGCUUACCAGCCCUUCCUGCUCCAUCCCCCCGUUCCUACACCGAAAUACUCGUGGGUUUGCGUCAUAUAUCAGCUUCCGACACACCUCAAUCCCCCUGCUCUGCCUAACUCGUGGCCUAAUAAUGGCAAAUAUAAUGACCGUAGCUCUCUCCAAUCCCCAACUUCAAACUCUCCGUCCAGCUUAGCUCAAUAACCACCCCGUCCC